AUGGGAGUGCAACCUCAUCACUAUUUACUAAACAUCCAGGAACAGAUGACCAAAGCGCGUCGGAGCCCGCCUUUUAGCAAGCAUUCCUUGCGCUGGCACCGCCACCAUGAGCCGAACUCUGAAGAGACCGAGCACCUGAAAGAGAGACUUCUACGCAUCCACAAGAUGAAACUUACACACUUCAGGCUGAGUCACAUGAAGAAGGUCGUUGAGCCAUCCGUGCAUGUCGUCGUGCUGCCCGAAGAGGCCCAAAAGCUGAAAGAAAAGAUCCUACGCUCCCACAAGGCCAAGCCCACGCGCUUCAGCCUAAGCCACAUGAAAACGGUCGUCGUACCACCCGUCGACAUUCCCAGGGAGAUGAACUGCCAACGGGCAUUGACUAUGAUCGUUGCCGGUCGCAACGUGCCACUCACGCGCACCAUGUGGGACAACACCAAGCGAAAGGUGCACUACAUGGAGCAGAUCCCCGAGUCAUACCCAUUGGACUGCACACUCUUCCGAUGA